AUGUCUGAAUUAUUACCUGUCAACGAUUGUUACAAUGCAAUUCUUGAAGAAAUCAAACAAUUUAGUGAACAAGAAGCAGUUUCAAAAAAUAUUUCUUUAGAUGGAUUGAAUGCCAAAGAACGUUCACAAGUUUACAAACUCUUCGAAACAACUUAUGAUCAAUUACUUCAAUUUGACAGACAAUAUUCAUUGAAUAAUGGUGAGAAACAAGUCGUACUGACCGUUAAAAAAAUAACACCUAACGAAAAAAUGAAGAUAACAUCGGUUACAAUUGAUGAUGCUAUUGUUCGUGAAUUUCGCAAAUACACUAAAUUACCAAUACCAAUAAUUAACCAUCAAUUUAUCGACUAUUAUAUUGAUUGUUUAAAUCCAUAUAAUGGUGGUCGUACAAUGUUUUCUCAAUUUAUAAAAGAUGUUGAGUCACAUGAAACUGUUUCUAGAUUAAGAAGUCGCAUUGAACAAGUAUUGGAUAAUAUUGUCUCUCAUAUACGCGAUGAUCCUUCUAUGCAAACUUUCAGAGAUAACAUGUUUGAAGAAGAAAUUAAGUUUCGCAAGUCUAGUCCGUACAAAACAAGUGGUGAACUCUACAAGAAAGAAAAUCAAGAUAAGCUAUUUAUAUCUGUCGAUAUUAAUAAAGCCAGUUAUAAUAUUCUUAAAUAUUAUCAUCCGGAGGUUUUUAAUCAUUUAUCUACAUGGGAAGAGUUUGUUCUUUCUUUCUGUGGUGACAAACCAAUCCAUAUUUUAACGUCAUCAAAAGCUAUUCGUGUACGUACACUUGGAUCUGUUAACUUUGAAAAAAGAAUCAGUUUUUGA